AUUCGACGAGGCUUACCAGAUUUUCCAGGAGAUGUUCAAAGUGAAAUGCAGCCCGAACCGGAUGACUUUCAAAGUCAUGACCAUGGGAAUGAUUCACUGCGGGAAAACGGACAAGUUUGAGAGGAUUUUUAUGGAUAUGGUGUACAAAGGACGGUGGCAAGGGGAGGGCCCGAUACUAGAACAACACGGGUUGAUCGGUGUCACGGACGAGGCGAGGAGGGAAUUUUUCAUAAAGGCUGCUGCUUCCAGGGAACCUGGAAAUCCUGUCGAGGCUAUUCUCAAGGGCCAAUACUACUAGUUUUCCACAACACGGACAAGUUCUUCAGCAUUUCAAUUUUACCAAGUUCGACUAGCGAAUGAGAACCAAAUCUCCCGUCGUCGACUUUUAGAACUCUCGCUGGAGUUGGUCCAGGACUGAUUCAAACCAACUGAAGUUUCAGCCGAAUUUACAUGACGUGGAGCUUAUGUGUCGAGCAUCUUCGCCACGUCAUUGCAGCUUCGAACUGUGACUAGGUAUGGCUGGAGCUGGGCUUGGCAUCGCAUUUGGAGGCAGCUCUUUCUUUGUUCGAGAACAGCCGGUCUUCAGAAUUAUGGCGACUUCCAUGAAAUCGGCACCUCUACAAAUUCCAUCCAAGAAAGUUGUGCUGGGAUGUGGAACGGUGGUGAUCGACUAUCUAGCUAGCGUGUCCGCUUUCCCUCAACCCGAUGACAAGAUACGAUCUAUCGAUUUCCAGUUUCAAGGCGGUGGAAACGUAGGGAACUCCUUGACUGGUGCCGCAAGGCUAGGAUUGAAACCAGUGCUCAUCUCUAAAGUUGCAGAUGAUGCAUUGGGCCUCAGAAUUUUAGAAGAGCUGAAGAAAGACGGAGUUGAUACUUCUCAUGUUGUGGUGGCUAAGGGGGGUGUCUCACCAUUCACUUACAUCAUCAUCGACAAAGAGAGGUUAACAAGGACGUGCAUCCAUACUCCUGGACAUCCUCCUAUGUUGCCGACAGAGAUAGACACGGCCACACUUUCCAGCGUCUUGCAGGGAACAGAUCUUGUGUUUUUUGACUGUCGACUCACCGACACAGCCGUUAAAAUUGCGAAGAUGGCUGCGGAGCUAAAACUUCCCAUUCUCGUGGACGCUGAAAAGAAGAGAGAAUUUUUGGAUGAGCUACUUGUCUACUGCGACUACAUGGUUGCUUCAUCACGGUUUCCGGAGGCAUGGACGAACUCGAAAAACCUUGCUGAAGCACUACUUUGUGUAGCCUCAAAACUGCCAAAGUUGAAGUUUAUAAUUGUCACACUCGGGGCAGAGGGUUGCGUUAUGCUUGAAAGAAGUACAACUACUGACCAUGGAGAGACCAUGGAUGUCAAUCAGACUCUCGACUCCUUACGGCAACAAGUAUCCGCAGUCAAGAGUCCUCAACCUCGCGUCGUAUCGUCCAAGAUGGGACGGCUUGUACCUUCAACUGGCUCAAGAAUUGCGAUUUUUGGAAGACUGAUUGUUGGAACAGCUCAGGAGGUACCCGCGGCUCAACUGGCGGACACAACUGGAGCUGGCGAUGCAUUUGUUGGAGCUGUCAUGUACUGUAAGCUUGCUUGCAGCUCUAUGCGCGGGAUUCACUGCGGAACGGAUGCUUCCUUUUGCAGCGACAGUGGCCGCUGCGAAUUGCCAGGCUGUUGGAGCUCGUGCCGGUCUGCCAAGGCGAGACGAUGCAAGGAUCCUCCACAUGCUACUCUGACAGGAGGUCGGGCGUUCGAAUCCUGGGGCAGGCAUCACAAAGAUUUUAGAGUUACGCUUUGUUUUAUUUUGUUGAGGCUAGGGUUUUUGCGAUCUUUGUGGCAGCGUCUCCAAUGAUCAAGGUAGCCGUGAUGCUCGCGUAGGGCCUAUUC